AUGACAGUCACAACGUUCCAGUCCCAAGCCAUGGCUGAGACUACCAAGCGUCUUCUUGCACAACUGGCCAACGAAGGACUUGUGAACGUUCACUUACUGCCACCACCUCCUCAAUCUCAGACAUGGUCAUGUGUUUUGACUACAGAAGGCAGCAACACGACACGACGAGCACAAGUGGACCUAUCUUCUUUCUCAACUCCUCUCAGUUGUCAUCACUGGCGACCGAAUGAUUUCCAACUCCCCGUCCUCUUGGAUGGUGCAGACCAUGAAGUUCAACAAAUUGAUCCUGGAGCUGUGUUUGAAUUCUUCGCACCAGGGUUUGCGUGUGAUGAGUCAACAAAGGACGCAAUUACUCGCGAACUGCGCAACAGCGCUUCUAUGUCUACGGUCUUGAACUACUUCCCAGAAGCAAAACAUGUCAAGUCUGUCCCGGGUGCUGCAAAGGCGCAUGCUGCUAUCCGAACAGUCUCUAUUACUGGUUAUGAACUUGACGUGAAAUUCUCUCUUGCGUGUCAGAUUACCUCCGCGCUACGAGUUCUGCCGUGUUGGUCUGCGGCUGCAGCACCGGAUAUGACUGCUUUAAUGAAGAAGAUUCUUCCGGAGGACCUAUGGCUGUUUGGAGAGGUGGCUGCUGUGACUGGAAGUCAGGAAGACAAGAGUGAAGCCCGCCACUUGACAUGUAUUCUUAGGGAGAACCUGCUGGCAAAGGCGCAAGAAAAUGACGAAACACUGGUAUUGGUCUCGGCACUAAUGGAAAGACCACUAGGUAGGCAACAGACCUAUAUCAAAUGCCUCUUUCGCCUUGGGUUGGAUCCAUUACUGCGUUAUAGCGUUGGAUGCGAGCUCCAUGCCCAGAAUACCGUCGCUCGAAUUUGCCGCAAGUCGAAGGCGAUCAAAGGAUUUGCAAUUCGAGACUUAGCCGGAGUGAAACUCCAUGGGCCGACGCUGAAAAAGCAGGGAUUUGAUGUAGAUGUUGCCGGGCUCUGCACAGAAAACCUCGAUCAAGUGUGGAACAGGGUUCAUCAUGCCCUUCUGCAGAACAACGUCGGCUACAUGCUAUAUGCGCUCGGCCUGGAAGGUGCAGAAGACGGAUGGGCCAUCGUGCGGUCGACGCUCUCCGAAGUCCUCGAGACGGGCCGGGGCCCCAUCGGAAAGGAGAUGUAUCGCUACUUUACGAAAGAUACGAUGCCAUUCAAAUGCUUCUUGAAAAUGAGAAUGAGUGCCUCAUUCAAAAGCUCAAUGGCGAUCGUUGAAAAAGAGGUACCUAGUGUUCUCGCCAAAAAGUCCCCGUGGUUGCUUCAAAUCUCCUUGAGUGGCACCCAGGAUCCGCAACACCCCGUCCUACCGGAACAGGUUCAUGCAGAAACUCGCAUUCGUGAAAGCGAGGCACUGCAAAAGAGACUGGCGGAUUUUGUUGGUCCGUAUGGUGCACUUCCCGGGGCCGCGAAAAGACUUAAUCCCCACCCAGCACUCCUGCCGUGGCAGUUUGUAAAGGAGUUGGAGACCUUUAAUGAAGCCUUGGCCAUAGCUCUGAAUAACAUCGUCGAAAGAUGGUGGAGAGACAAGGAGGCUGAUCUACCGAGUCGAAUGCCAUUGGAAGCCCAUGUCGAGGAGCUCUUGCAGUGGGUAGACAAGGCGACUGCAGAUGGUAUCAUGCCACGCUUCCAAGGCCACCAGGGCAAUCUGCGACCAGAUAUCUUGCUCCCAGUGACGGACCGUGAAAUCCCAGAAUUUCGCGUCUGUGAAAUAAACGGCCGGUUUCCGAUCAGUUUUCUCCACUACGUCGCAACCGCCUAUGAGGCACUAGCCGGCAGCACAUGGAAUACUCCCUCGAUCGAACCAGCCACCAAGUACAAUGUACUUCAAGAGAGCCUGUUUGACUUGUUCGACUCGGAUGGCCCCAUUCACUUUGUCAAGGAAAGUCAAACUUUCCCGUCCGACAGCCCUCUAUUUGGCUUUAUCGAAGAGCGAACUGGGUGGAGGCCGAGAACCGUCAGGCCUGGCGAUCUUCGUCUGGUGCCCAGUGCAACCAGCCAAACCGGAUUUAUCUUAUGCUGUGUCUGGGGUGCGGAUCCCACGGUCAAAACUCCCCCUGACUCCCUGCUGGAAGUAGAUGGUGAGGUGUUGGAACCUGUGCACAUGGUGGGCCUUCAGCUCUACGACUUUGAGCUCUUCUCUCUAUCCCCCGGGAUGGUGCGACACAUCGCUGGGUGCUGCAUAAAUGACCCCCGGAGCGUGUUCCUCGCCCAUGAUAAACGCAUAUUAGGCAUUAUCCUCCAGGAGUUAGACAGCCUCGUGGAUACGCAACGGGCAUUGUCUCCUGCACAGGCGCAGACCCUUCGCGAACAUAUCAUCCCUACCAUCCUCCCCAAAACAGCUGAUUUCAGAGACCUGCUCUAUCGCACCCAGACCAACCCCGAAAUCAAAGACCAGUACAUAUUGAAACCCGCCCGGGACGCUCGCGGAGCCGGGAUCCUGCUAGGAAGAAAUCUUUCCACCGAGAAAUGGCAGUCGACUCUAACCUCCAUGGAUAGCCAAAAUACCCAUUCGUUGACGACCCAAUAUGUGCUGCAGCCAAUGCUGAACUUACGGUCGUUUGAGUGGUACUGGGAUGAAGGGCGCCAAAUUCGCAAGAGUCGCAGUGUAGGCACAUACUAUUCUGUGAACGGGCGUUUUGUAGGAUUGGGGAUGUUCAGAACAGGACCAGUCUCGGAGGACGUGAUUUCUGCUUCUACGAAGGAUUCGACGUCUGUUUUAGCCGUGGUCGCCCUUAAUAGUUAA